CUGGUUUAGGUUUAAAGAUGACUACUUUCUUAAAUAAAAACAGUAGUCUGGGAACUUCUGUAGAAAUACAUUAUGUAUUCACAGGCUGGGGGGUCAGACCAGCACAUCCUUCGUACCCGACUAUCACUCAUCUUUCCUACUACUCGCGCACCGCACUCCCUCUCUUUCUCUCUUCCUCUCCCUCCCUCCUGCUCUGCACCUGUACACCGUCAGCACGCGCACCCCCGCCCCUCCCUACGUUUAACCUGAUGGUAUGAACCUUGUCUGCCUCAGCACAUGAUUGGUCGCGCGGCUCGCACGCCGUUAACACAGACUUCAGUCAUAGUCAGAGCAGCAUGGUGCGCUCGACCGCCGAGGCGUUUUUUUAAAUAAGAAUGUCUCUCGGUCCGGAUCCGGAUCUUUUGAUCGGCUCGUUCGCGACCGACACAUCAUUAGUCGGUGCUGAAUGCUGCUGGAGGGAGACUCCUGCCAGCUGACGUUGGACCCCAACACAGCAUACAGCCGCCUGUCUCUGUCAGAGGGGAACAGGAAGGUGACUUGGGGGGCAGAGCAGCCAUAUCCUGAUCAUCCAGAGAGAUUUGACAGAUGGGAACAAGUUCUGUGCAGAGAGAGUCUGACUGGCCGCUGUUACUGGGAGGCUGAGUGGAGUGGAAAUGGAGCCUGGAUAGCAGUGACUUAUAAAGGAAUCAGGAGGAAAGGAGGGAGUGAUGACUGUGUGCUUGGAUUCAAUGAGAAGUCAUGGAGUCUGUUCUGUAAUACUGACAGUUACUCUGUCCGGCACAAUAAUAAACUGACUGACAUACCCAUAGAGCCCUCAGGCUCCUGCAGAGUAGGAGUGUAUCUGGACUGGGGGGCUGGUGCUCUGUCCUUCUACAGAGUCUCCUCUGAUGGACUGACCCCCCUGUACAGCUUCACCUCCUCAUUCACUGAACCCCUCUAUCCUGGGUUUUGGGUGAAUUCAAACUCCCCCGUGUCGCUGUGCAUGCUGGGAUAGCUCACUGAGUGCUGGAGGAAUCAUUUUUACCUUAUCAGAGUGUCACAUGUCGCUGCUUCUCGGCAAAAAGGUAAAAUCUCUGCUUUUUGACCAGUAUAACCCUAUUUACUCUGUCUGAUGUGUGACGUAUGUUAGACAAAAAUAAAUGGGUUUGGCAAGCUGAACAAACACAGGAAAUGACAGUUUUCUCUCUGAUUAAAAUGUAAUCCUGAUGAUUGGGGGGGGGGGUUUCUCCCCCUAUAUGUACAUUUUAUAUGUUUCUGUCUAUAUAUAUUAUAUAUUGUAUUUGUUAUCAGUACACCGAUAAUAAAGGCUUCAUGUUGUAUCCUA